AUGGACCGCGGGGCGGACGAUGGUCGCAAGCGCCGUUUUGACGGCGACCGGCGGUUGGAGGGAGAGGGCUUCGGGCGGAGAGAUGGAGGCGGGCGGUUCGGCGACGAAAAUGGAGGCGGCGGGGGCGGGAGACAGGACGGCGGCGGAAGAUACGGCAGCGGCAACUCUUUCGGGGGCGGAGGCGGCCAAGGUGGCCGCGGCUACAACAACAAUGGGGACGGCGGUGGCGGGGGUCGCGAGGGUGCCGCCGGCGGCGGAAGGCGUGCGGAUGGUGGACGACAAGACGGCGGUGCCAGGUUUGUGGAUGGGGACCAGGGGUACCGCUACCAGGAGCGGGGCCGGGACAGGGAGUCUCCUCCGCCUUGGUGGCGGGAGCAGAGGCUCCGUGAGGAAGCGCUGGCCAAGAGGCCGGCAGAGCUGGCUGUGUCCAAGGGGCAGGGCGACGGCUCAUCUGGUCAGGGCGACCGUGAGCGCGGUCAGCGACAGCAGCAGAGGGCCAAGGGCGGGAGGAAGACGGGGGCCGGAGCAGCAGCUUCCCAGCCGGCAAAAGGCAAGUCCAAUACAAACCCGUCCCGGGCAGGGGCGCCGGCGGGCGGCGAGUGCUUCAAGUGCGGCCGCGAAGGGCACUUCCAAUCGGAAUGCCUCUUCCAGCCUCUCUGUGUGCUGUGCAGUGAGGAGGGUCACACUUCGGCGCAUUGCCCGUCGAAGGGGAAAAAUCUGCGUUUGGUUUCCAUGGGUCAUGCGAUCAACGGGGGCGGUUUUUUCAACAUCGAUGUGGAACCACUAGGUGCUGCCCAGAACCCAGGGGAGGUGCUUGCGGCUAUUAUCAAGUUCAAGGACGCUCCCCUCUCUAAGGAACAGCUGGCGGAGGAGAUGAAGAAGCUGGUGGAUGAGGCUUGGGAUUGGCAGGUUUGCAAGCUGACUGAGACGGAGUUCUCGGUCGUCUUCCCGUCAAGGGCUACCCUCCGCCUGGCGACGGCCAGCGGCAAACUCUUCCUGCCCUUCAGCGAGAAGAACACCGAGAUCAGGGAGGCUUUCCUUGCGCCUAAGCCGAGCCUGGUUCUCCCCUCGGCUUGGAUUAGGCUGACGGGUGUGCCGGAAGACUUGAUGACCAAGGAGAGGCUGAUGGCGGCGUUCGUGAUGAUCGGACGCCCCAUUGAUGUGGAUGAACUUUCAAUCUUGAAGCGGGAUCGCGAGCCGAUCCGCAUGCGCUUCCAAGGCAGGUAUCCGGAGCGCAUCACGGGGUCUAUUCAGCUGUUCGUCAAUGGGGAGGGGUACAACAUUGGGCUGCAGGUGGAGGCGGCUCCGCGCGGGGCUGCGGGAGGGGCAGGGGCUCCUCCGCCACCACCUCCUCGGGAUGACGGGGACGACUACGACUCAGAUUACAUCUCGUCCGAUGGAGAGUGGAACAAACACGGACGCCGAAAGAAGAAGGACGACUCGGGCGUGGCGACCAAGGAAUCGGAGAAGGACAAGUCCGGGGCGGUGGGGCCGGUGAGCUCUAAAGCCGCGGGUUCCAACAGUGCUCCUCCGGCGUCGAGAACUCGGGAUGAGCUCUUGGUGGAGGAUGUCCAGCCUAUUGACCAAUACGGGUCAAACCUGGGGCUGGGCUUCCGGGCCGCGUCCAGGGAGGACGAUGAGCGCUCGCCGCUGAAGGAGUCCCUGCAGGGUGCCACCGAGCCGCUCGGGGUGGUGGUGUUGGACCACGCGGAGCCCUCGCUCUCCGCGGAGACUGACUCCCACCCAUCUAUCGACGAGCCUCCACUCAAGAUCACCAGGCUCGGGGCGGCGCUGGACAUUCAGGAGGGAGCUGCAGCGUCGGAGGAAGCUAUGGAGGGAUCGGUGGUCGAGUUGGUGACGGACGCGGGUGCGGUGGAGAUGGUGCGAAGUGGUAGGCUGGAGGCCGGGGGCCACGAUCUGCGCGCAGAGGCCCUGGCGGACCUGCCGCUGGCACAGGGCCGGCGCUCUCUGGCUGUGACCAUCUCUACAAGGAAGAAGAAGAAGCUGGUGGUUCCCACGCCGGUACGCAAGAGUGGGAGGAACCAAGGAGCAGCGGCGGGCACACCGAUCAUGGAGUUGGCGCAGCGUUUGGCGGCGGAAAAGAACCUGGAGACGAACAAGGCCAAGCCUAAAGGUAACACCUCUUCGGCUUUGGAUAUCCUUUCUGAUUCGCAUAUUACGUCUGUCGUUAGGGAUAGUUGCUUGCUGUUCCAUCCAAGGGUGGGAGCCCCUUCGGAAGCCAUCUCCCUUAUCCGUGCCAAGGAGAAGGUGCAAGAAGCACUUGCGGCGACCAGACGGCGGUUAGAGUUGGAAGAAGAAGCGCGGGCGGCGGCCAGGGAGGCGGCCAUGCCUGCUGAGCUGGUACCGACCGGAGGAUCUCCCUCGGUACUGGCGGCGGCCAACGCCACGGGGGCGGUGGACGGUUCAGGGGAACCACGAUCGGGCCAGGCCACGGUUGUGUCGGCGGAAGGGGUGGAGACUUGCCCCCCUUCAGGGAGACCGAUUCGCAAUUGCGUCAAGGGACGGAGGCCUCAGCUGAACGUCCGUUUAGGACGGACCAAGAAGACCUCGUCCAAAUGA